CAACCGUGCUGCUAUGACGUCAUCAGGAAGAACGUUGACCGAAAGAUGGCCGCAUUCCGCUGUUGCCGAGACCCGUGUGGUUUCAUUUGUCUCAUUUUAACUUAUUUUAGCGUUUUUUAUGCCGACUAUGUCGUGAUCCAGUAUGUCCUGAUCCCCGCGUAUUCCGGAAGUGUAUGGUGCACUCUCCAUGGAUCUGUGUUUAAUAUUAUUCUGUUACUACUGCUGGCGUGCCAUUCAAAAGCAGUGUUCUCUGACCCUGGUAUGGUUCCUUUGCCCGAGACAGCCAUCGACUUCUCUGACUUAAGGUCCCAGUCUAACCGCCUCAAUGACAGAGGCUGUGAGGGCUGGACAGUGUGCAGUCGCUGCGAGACGUAUCGACCUCCCCGUGCCCAUCACUGCAGAGUUUGUCAGCGCUGUAUCAGGAGAAUGGACCAUCACUGCCCAUGGAUCAAUAACUGUGUUGGAGAGCUCAAUCAGAAAUACUUCAUUCAGUUCCUCUUCUACACAGGCAUGGCCAGUCUAUAUUCCAUGGCACUCGUGGUGUCGGCAUGGGUGUGGAGAAUAAGGAGUGAAAGAGAGGGAGAUGGAGAUGAAGGAGAAGAAGCUCCCAGCAAACAUCUGAUUGUGGCACAUUAUAUCAUUCUGUUGGUGGAGUCAAUACUGUUUGGAGUUUUUGUCUUGGUCAUUUUCUAUGACCAGCUGGUGUCCAUUAUAACAGAUGAGACGCCUAUUGAGCAGAUGAGAAACAGGCUGAUGAAAGACAAACCCAACAACAGUCAACCGACACAUGUCGCGCACACAAGAAAACCAAAAAUCGCAUUGCUUCGGGAGGUGUUUGGACGUGGAUCAAUACUAUGUUGGCUGUUACCGCUCCAUUCCGCCCCUCCCUCCGCUGGUGGCAUCAGUUAUUCAGCACUUACUGAUUAUGAUGUGUAAAAUGUCUUUUUUUCAUCAGGUCAUUCAUUUACACUGUCAUGUUUAGGACACUGUGAAUAUUGUGUUACUAAUAUCAGAUUUAGUCAUUUUGUUAUGAC